AUGGCCGAGGCGGGUGCUGCGGCCAGGCUGAAGGGCAGGCUGACCUCCUCUAUCUGCCUGGACAUUUACAGGCCCCCCAUGUCUCUGGGGUGCAGUCACAGCUUUUGCAAGGAAUGCAUCCAGAAGGAACAGAAAAAUGCCAGCAGGGCCCUUUCCAGUGCCCAUUCUGCCUUUACCCCACAGGCCCCCACCGGGGAGCUGAAGCCCAACUUCAAUCUCCGCGACAUAGUGGAGAACUUUUUGGACGCUUGUGUUUAUCAAGAGGAGGAAAAGCAGGAAGUGCAAUGCAAACAGAAGGAGGAAAGUUUGGGGCAGCAAGCAGAGGUGAUCUUGUGUGAUUUCUGCCUUCAGGAUCCCCAUCCAGCCGUGAAGACUUGCCUGACCUGCACGGCCUCCCUGUGCCAAGCCCACCUGAGUAAGCACAGCACAAAGAACACUCAGGAAAAAAAAACUACAUCCUG